UGUAACGGUCAUCAAAACAAUGUGUAGUUGUUAUUGUUUAUAAUUGUGAAUAUAAAUUGCAUAAAAGUAGAGAAAUAAGUGUUAUUUCCAGAACUUUUAAUUGAAACAACAAAUUAUUUUAACAAUUCAAAAAACAAAAGUUUGCCAUAAUUAAAGACGUUAUUUUGGAAAAUAUAAAAAAUAUGGAUAAUAGUGACUCAAAAGAUGAAACACUUUGGCGAUCAAUUGAUUCCGACUCUGAUAAUCCUGAUGAGAGUAAUGGAACAAUAUUUUUUGAUUUACCUGAUGAUGAUCAGGUGUAUUUUGAUGCAAGAAAAUCAUCAUUUCGUGGUGAUAAAACAAUUGGCGAAACUGGCUUGCUUGAUGCAAUGCGUGAUUUAAAAAUAAAAUCAGCUAUCAAAUUAAAACCAGAGCAAGAAAAACGUUUAUCAAUUGAUAAUAAAGUUUCAAUUAAUUUAGAAAAUGUUAUGAAUAUUGAAGAUGCUCCAAAUGAACAAGAUAAAAAUGAGAAACAAGCUGUUGAAGAUGUUAAAAGCCCUUGUAAAAUUCAAGAGAACAUUCAGCUUGAAGCAAAAAUAAAUUCCCAGACUGAAGCAAUUUUGUUGGAAGAAAAAAAAAUAAUUGUAGCUGAAGAAGUAACACUUGAUGAACCAGAACAAAAUUUAGAAAGUGAAAAAAUAUCAGCUAAUAUUAUUGAAGCUGAAAAAAUAAUCCUGACUGGAUCAGAAAAAAAUUCUACAGCCAAAGAAAAAAUUCCAGUUGAUGAGAAUAAAAUUUGUCAGCAAGAAAAAACACCAAAAGCCAUUGUUCAAGAUGAUGUUAAGCAACUAGAUGAAGCAAUCAAGACAGCUGAUAAAAUUGCCAGUGUUGAAAAGACAAAAAUACAUCAAAAAAAUUUAAAACAAGCAGAAUCAUCUUUAAAAAAAUGUAAUAUUAAUUUAGCACAAACAAAAAAAAUUUUAAAUGAUUGUCCAAAAGUACCACUUGUAUUUUCAUCGAGUAUGGUUAAAGCAAUGAAACCAUUGUUACAACAACCAUCAAAAAAACCAUCUACAAUACCAAUUACCCCAAAACUAUUGAGCUCAUCAAGAAAUCGUACAGUCACCAAAAGUAUUGGUGCUUUGACUCAGCCAAAAAGCCAACUGACCAACAACAAGCCACAAUGUAUCAUCAGAAAAUCAAUGGCAACAAGUGGAUCAAUAUUAAAAAGACAAAAUUCAAAUAUAACAAACACAGCUGAUAAAUCAACAACAACUUCAAUUAAAAAAAAUCCACAAAAAUUAAAUACAACUGUUUCGACAAUAACGACAACCAAAGAUGGCAUGAAGUUAAAAGAAGAAAAAAUUAAUAAUUUUAGUAUACCAGUUACUGUUAAUCGUAAAAAAAGAACAGAAUUUGUGCCAUUUAAUUUUUCAUCACGUGAAAAAAUUAAUAAACCCAAAAUAAUUGAUGAUAAAAAAAUUGAUAAUACAAAAAUUAAUUUAUCAAAAGAAAAUAAAUCCAAUAAUAUUAUGUCAUCAAGAAUUAAUUUACAAAAAAAAAAUCAAGAGAGACGUGAUAUUGAUGAAAAAAUAAAAAAAAGACAACUUGAGUCUAAAAAGGUGCAUGAUGAUGUUGUUGUUAAAAAAAUUGCUGAAAAAAAAAAUGAAGAUAUUGAGUUGAGAAAGAAAUCAAUCGUCAAGCCAACAAUUAUGCCAAAUUUUAAAAUACCAACUGGUUUGAGAGUAAAAAAUAAUUCAACGGUAUCAUCAUGUGCAAUUAAAAAUAAAAGAGUUUAAUUAUAUAUAUUAAUUAACAAUAAAUAAUAAAUAUAUUUUUUAAAUUAUAAAAAAUAUAUUUGUUUCGAGUCACCAGUCUUUUUUUUUUUUAACUAGAAAAUUAAUAAUAAUUAAUAAAUAUUUUCUUUUAAUAAUAUUGUACUUUUUAAUAUUAAAUUUAUUAAUAAAAUAAUUAUUGUUUAUUU